UUUCUCAGGAAACAUCGCAACACAACUUAAUUUUUCGCUGGGAUGUCGAGCUGUGAUACCGUGUCAGCAUUACAUCCAUCGAUCAGACUCUUUCAAAUGGUUUUACAUGAAGGACCAUAGCAGUAAGCAGGUUCAGUUAUUCUUCCGAAAUAAGAGGGGAAUCCUAUAUCAUCAAAUGUCCAAUCCCAAAUUGAGAAUUGGAUCCAAUCAUUCCUUGCUCAUCAGCUCUUUUACCGAGGAGGAUGAAGGUGUGUACUGGUGUGAAACUUGCCAAGAAACAUGCCAAAAGUCCACUGACAUCAUAGUGAAGAAAGAGACGUGGAAAGACGUCAAUGAGACAGUUUACUUUGUUGCUGGCAGCAGUUUUCAGCACACAUGUUCAAGUGAACUUGAUAAAAUAAACUUUUGGACUUUUGAAGCAACGACUGCUGUUGGGAAAUCAGAAGUAAGAGCAACAACAGACAAUUUGACUUUCAACAAGUCUAUAUAUAUUGGAAAUGUCAGAAGAGAAGAUGCUGGGAAAUAUACCUGCUGGAUGAGUAGCUGUGUCGGACACAGUAUUAAGCGAGUCACUAUCAAUUUGUGUGUAGUUACAGUAUAUGACAGUAAGGAUUCAUCUGCAUCUUGCGCUGUGACGUGCAGCAUGAAAUCAAAUAAUCCAAACAGAACUUCAACCACAUCUGUGCCUGUACAUCCACACGGGUCCCUAAAGUGCAAUAUAGAUUCAGUGUUUGAUGGAUACACUACAGUUACUAAGAGUCCCACAUUUAGCACAAACGCAUUUAGCACAACAACAGGUUUUCAAAAAGAGCCUGAAGACUGGAUCCCACUUAUUUGUGGUAUAUCAGUAUCAUGUGUCAUUUUAAUGGCACUUUUAAUUUUCUGCUUGAAAUCAAGAUUACAUUCAGCAUUUCCUGUUCAAAUUUGUUGCUGUGGCUUGAAAAGCAGGGUAAGUGUCUGUGCUGACAUCGAGGUGUAA